GCUGUACAUGAUAUCAGUCCUGAUCCUCUUCACAAUUCCACCCUUUCCCACCUACCUAGGUCUCCUCACCAGCUCAACUAGUAACACCCCGUACACCCACCGCCCGAAGCACCGCCACCCCGCCGAAGCCACUACCGCCCCUUCACCAACCCCCCCCGCGCUAGCUCAGCCGCUACGCAGCAAGCUCCCGCCAUAAACAACUCAUGGACCGCGGGCCCAGACGCCGCCGCCGCCGCCGCCGCCGCUGCUGGGCGGAAGCUCUCUACGCGGCAAAACCUCCACAACUCCCAGCCCGCCAAUCGAGCGCGCCGGAGCGCGCACCCCACCCACUGUGUAGAUCUGGCGGCUACGUCAGGCGCGGGCUCUAAGCAACGCAAGUCGAAAGGAGCCUAAAACCCCGCAGGGGGUGGGUGGAUGAGCCAAUGGGCGGCGCCGGGUUGGUGUGUGGUUAGCGGAGUUCUUUGGAGGCCGAGGACGCGAUCUAGAUCUUUUGAAGGCUGGCUGGUCUUGGGUUGGGGGGGGGG